AUGGGGCUCUCAUCCUGGUUCACCUCGUCCAGUGCCGACUCCCGGCCCUCGCCCGCAUCUACGGGGGCUGACGAAUCGCCCCGCUCAUCUAGUUCUCCCUCCGAUCCUCGAAGGGACACCUCCACCGGUCCUCCAUAUACUCGUAGUGUCGCUAGAGAGCCGCUCUCCGACCUUUCAGAGCAUAUGAUAUUCAGGCGAUCUGGAUCAUCCGGAACCGAGCCCGCGGGCACAGGGAGCCGGAAGACAGAAGCGGGCCAAGAGCUUGAGGCGCUGAGGAAGGCAGCAGCGGUGGCGGAAGUAGUGGAUGGUCUACAUAGCAACAACUUCGUCGAGUCUGAGAGCGAUACACCCUUACAAUCCCUCAACGCCCUCCUUGAGGCCGCCUAUACCCAUAGCAGCUCCAAGACAAGCUUCAUCCCUCCUCCCUACAUCGUCGACGAGCCUCCUCGUCAGCGAUUCGAGUCGGUCCUCCCACCCGCCCUGGUGGACUUCGCCGCCCGCUACCCUCUCACUACCAUCGCCUCCCUCGGCGCACUCGGGACAGGUGUCCUGCUCGGUUCCGGACUGCUCACAGCCCGCCUGAUCCGCGGUGCUUCGCGAGCUCGAGCGCUACCUCAUGGUCUCGAUGCGAGGCUCGACGACCUCGAACGCCGGCUCGUGGACCAUAUCCGAGUGGCAAGCAUCAAGAAUCAGACGGGGUUGGAUGCCCUGUUCAAGGCCGUGGAUAAGGGCAAGGCUGCUCAGAAGGGGAUGGCGGAGACGGCAUUGAAGGGCAAGGCGGCACAGAUGGCCAUGUGUGCCUCGGCUUUAAUCGCGCCGGCGAUGGACGAGGCGAGGCUAGGACAGGUGGUCAGGCAGGCGCUGGAGGAUGUCUUGUCAGCAAAGGGGUGGUCGCUCCCUUCCAAGGAUCGGCCUGAGGCGGAAGAGGUGAUGGGCAAGCGGAAUAUCAGGACAUUGAACUCAUCGAUGGAUCGCUUACACACCCUUACCGCUAGCGUCCUGGACGAGCUCAAGCUUCUGCGCGCCGCUCAGGCGACAACGCCGGUCUCGACCGCCCUCAAAGCAAAAGAGGAGGGGAUUAUGAGCUUGAAGGAAGUGGCGGAAAUGGUCAAGCGGGUCCAGGAGGCGAGCAGCACCGCCCGGAGCGACAUCGAUGUAAGGGAUCCCGUCAAUGGGGUUUCUGACGUCAACGAGGCAGAGCUGGCGGAGGCGGAUGCUGUCAAUAGGGCGAUCUGCGUUUAUGAUCUGCCAGGAAAGGAGAAGGCGGGUGCCGUGGUGGCGGAAGAGGUCGGGAAAGCAGUCAAGACGAAGAAGAAGAAGAAGGCGAAGGCAGCUGCAGGGGUGGCCGCAGCAGAGACGGGAAACGAGCAAUCACUGCAAUCGGCCGACCCGUCCCCCGAGUCCGUCGAUUCCGCUAGCUCGGUCGAUCCAGCUCUCCCGGACAGGCCGCUCAAGGGAGAGGCUAUCGAUCAUGCGGUAGCAUCCUUCAUUUCGGCCCAGACACCUCAAACUGAGGCUUCGCAGCCCGAAGCCGAGCCUGCCGAUCUACCGAACCAGACCCCGAUACCGCCCCAGGGGGACACACCGGUACCGCGCAAGGCCAAGGCCCGGAAAGCCACACCACUCCCACCUUCGGAGCCGAUUGCGGAGCGGGAGUCCAAGGCCGAGGAGCCAGCCGAGCAGACUCCUGCCAGUUCCUCUCAGCCGCUGGGCAUUGACGAGACGGGCGCCUGGUCCUUCCGUAUCGUGGGGUCGUACCAUGACGGAGCUGGGCGGGACUGGCAAGAGCUGAACAUCGUGCUUCAGAGAGAGAGGGACGUCGUCGACGAGAUCCAGAUGGGCAGAUGGGGUCCAGAGUACUUCCUGGCAAAGGCAGUAUCGUCGCAGUCCUUGCAAGCAUUCGUACUCUUCACGGCCGAGGUGGACGUCAUCAGGCUCGACGAUGGGAUAUGGCGGUGCGAACGGAGCGGCGCGGGCUCCAGCUCUCGAUGCAAGCGGGACCAAACGCGCAGAGAUCAUCUCGACUGUUUGCCGAGCGUUAACCGUUGUCUCCAUCCCUGCCACCUUUCCCCACCUCUUUUGUUCCAGAACGAUCGCCUUAUCAGCUCAUUCGGCCCCCAAUCGGCACAUACGAUGACCCUUGAAGUCCCGCCGCGCUUGCCAGGCCGCCAAAUCUCCGGCGGCGGUGGUGGCAAUUUUGAAACGUUUGCCCCUUUGUUUCAAACGCACCAUCGAGCCUUUUCCUUGGCUGUCGCGACGAUGCCGCUCUCACCUAUGGACCAGCUGCUCCACCCCACCCGACUUCCACUUCCCUCUCCCACUCCCAUUAGACCUCAUCCCUUCAGCGCCCACGAUCCGUUGGUGCCUGGCGGAACAGCCCGUCUGCUUCACUGGCGAAAAGGCAUCUUGGAAUGCGACUGCAUGUCUGCUCAAGGCUUUCGCCACUUCAUUCCCAGCUCCGAGAGCUGUCCUUGGCCUUCGGACGCCAUGGACACCCAUUCUACCACCGUUACCAGCGCCAGCGUUGGCCAGAAGAAUAGCGGGAAACACUGGCCAAGUCCUAGCGUUGCCCUAGUGGGUCUCGGCCUGGGCCUGGCACUAGGCGCCGGCUUAGUCCUUGCUGUUAAGAGACGUCACAUCACCCCCGCAGCACUCUUCGAUGCUCGGCGUACCAUCAUGGGGCUCAGCAGGGUCGGCCACGCGGCGGCAGUCGUAGCUAGCGUUGGCCGCAAGAAGCUAUUCGGAGGGCGUCUUCUUAGGUCUCAAGGGACCAGAUCUGUCUCUGAGCACCUCCAGGGCCUCUCCAUCUUGAGCGUCCUCCAACCUAUGUUCUGGGCCUUGGUGCCCUCUUUCCUGUACAGGAAGCCGGUCCUGCAAAGGAAGCCGGCUUCCCCGGCGUCACCUCCUGUACAAACACUUCAAGAGAUCACAGACGACCUCUUCCCUGCCCUCGCUAGCCGCGCGCCCUUCCCCGACUACACGAAUACCCACAUCUUCCUUUCAAACAGGGUCAUCCCGUCCCCCAGCCCAGAGUCGCCUCUGCCAGACCGGAUCCCCAGUACAUUCCCGUUAUUGCCCAUCUCGUAUGAUCCGCUCCUUCACCCUCUACUGCAUCUUGACCCUCCCAUCCCAUCCUCCGCCCCCCUACUCCACGGUCCAUCGUCCACCCAGCCACCGCCGCCCAUUCAUCCGUCAUUAAGCGGACACCCGUCCACCGCAGCUCCAGCUCAAUCGGCCCACCGCAUCAUCAGCUACGACGACUACUUUGUCUACCUCGAUGCCCAGCCUACUCCGUCCAUUAUCCCGGCGAAGCCUGCAUCAGCUCCACCCAUCAUGGACCCUCCUGGUUCCCCGCCCGGACCUGCAGCUGAAGGCACGCCAGCCGGGCGCUUCUCUAGCAGACUUAGCAGGGCGUUGUCAGCGCAAGGCCGGAGGGCAAAUCGGUCGCGCAGUAUGGGAGCAAUGAGGACCGGGGAGGGGUUGAGAAUAGUCAAACCGAGGGAGAAUACGGGAAGGGCAGAGCGACCAUGGGCUUUGCCGGGCAUCUUCCGCCGCAAUAUCGGUCUCGGUGCUAAGUGA